CAGUGAGAAGGCGCUGCUGGUGAACAAGUUUGAGCUGAGCAUCCGAACGGAGGCCACUCAGGGCCUGAUCCUGUGGAGCGGCAAGGGCCUGGAGCGCUCCGACUACGUCGCCCUGGCCAUCGUGGACGGCCGCGUGCAGAUGACCUACGACCUCGGCUCCAAGCCCGUGGUGCUGCGGUCGUCGGUGCGCGUCGACAGCAACCGCUGGAUCCACAUCAAGGCUAGCAGGGCUCUGAGGGACGGCUCUCUCCAGGUGGGGAACGAGGCUCCGGUGACGGGGGCGUCGCCCCUGGCCGCCACACAGCUGGACACCGACGGAGCCCUCUGGUUGGGAGGGCUGGAGGAGCUGGCUGUGGCGCGCCGGCUGCCCAAGGCCUAUAGCACCGGCUUCAUGGGCUGCAUGAAGGACGUGCUGGUGGACGGUGUGGAGCUCCACCUAGUGGAGGACGCGCUGAACAGCCCCCAGAUACUACACUGCUCUGCAGCCGCAGCCAAAUAACCUGAGGAAGAGAAGCCAAGAGAGGAACGCCGAGAGGAAAAGAAAAGAAUAUACGCUCACUCCCUCCCUUUCCAUAACGCCCGUGUCUCCUGCUGUAAUUAUUUUUCUAUUUUUGUAUACUUUUCAUCGCUUUUUAUAUUGGAUAUAAAAUGAAUAUGUUGUUCUAUCGGUUUUUUUUGUUUUUUGUUUUAUAUAUAUUGUUUUCAGAUUCAUUGUUUUUAAUCCGCACCCCCACUCACAGUAUACACCCCCCCACACCCCCUCCUAAAUCCACUGUCAUCAUGUCAUCUCUAGUAGGAGCCCUGCCUUCACAAAGGCCUUUUAAAAUUCCAACCUUGUGUUUUUGCUUUGAAUUUAUCCAAGAAUUUAGUUAUACGCAUAACUAAAACGGCCUGCAUCCCUCCCCCUCAUUAACUCGUUCAGGAUCACACGUUCAUAUCGCUUACCCCCGGCAGAACCAGAUUCACGUUUAUCAUUCCCAUAUCCGACAAUCCGCAUUCCCGCGUGUAUACGCAAUGGACUAUAUACCGGACUGGACGCGGAAACACUGCGAGCAUGCGUCCAGCUUCUAUCGUUUAGCACGCUGUUAGCUAACCUCACGGAAAAACUCCCAGACCAGUCGAGCUGCUACUAAAAAAAACAAAGAGAGAGAAAAUACGACGCCUUUCGAAGCCAGAUCAUUAAUCGCUAUGGCAACUGAGCACGAAAAAAAAAAAAAACUAAAAGAGGAGAGAAAAGCUCUCUAGAGCUUAUUUCUAUUAAUCAGAGUCUUUUAUUUUGAAAUAUGCCUUUCUGCUACCCCCGGUCUUAGAAAAGACGGAGAGAGAAAGAGAGAGAGAGAGAAAGAGAAAGAGAGAGAGAGAGAGAGAGUGAUCAGGUUUCCACUUUGACAAUUGAAUCAUUAGUCAACAUCCAAGCCAUUUAAUCAUAGAUAUAAAAAUACGUAUAAUAACCUUAGAGUAUAUUAUUAAUACCUGAGACUGUGAAUCUGUCCCACAGGGUUGGGAGAAUUGUGAAAACUCAUUUGUUAUGCGUUAUGUUUUUCUUCUUUUUUCAAACUUAUGACAACCACUAAGCAUGCAUUUAUGCAGUAUGAAUUGAAUUGCUUUUAUGGAAAGGAAACAACCAUGUUCAAAUUGUCUAUUCCAAAGCCCCUUCUUUUAACUGAAAGAACGGUGUUUAUUUCUCUGUCAAGUGGAUUUGCUAUGUGUUUUUUUUGUUCCUUUCACUUUUGUGGUUUCAGAAAUAACGGACCCAGGAUAAACGGUUCCCUCUCUCCCAUACGGAGCUUUUGGUCUGUUUUCCCAACGGGAGCAGUACUAGGUUGGCUCGGACGUGAACGGUAGUUUUGGGUGUUGUUACCACUACUGACCACAUGGUGGUGCUGAGGAGGCAAUACCUCAACUGUUGGGGAAUGCUCUUUCAAUCUUUCAAUCAACCAACAAGACGUCCUCUACGACAACAACAAAACAAAAGAAUCCAAAAACUUUCUCCAGGAGUCAACUUGGGUUACAUAGCCUAUAUUUUUUCGUUUUUGAACUUUUGUGAGAAAGUCUGUCGAGAGCGGGACGAGUUGAUGUGUGCUGAUGUGACUUGUUGAACGCUUUUGAACAGCUGUACAACGGGAAACCAACCGAAUUAACAUAAUACGUGCAUGGGUUCGUACGAUCCACAGAUAUGUGUCCCGUUGGUGAACCGACGCGACGCAGCGUCGUCUGCACGCACCCGGACUAUACAAUAAUAAGCUGAGGUGGCGGUGUCUUUUUAGUUUUUAUAUGAGAUACUUGGCAAUAUAACGAGAUGAAAUCAUGCCUGAUCGUGACUUGAGUAUUAAUCCACUCCUGUAGUGCUUCUGUUUGACCCUAAUUAUCCCCAAACACACACUCAUGGAUGGGAGUAUCAAGUAAACAUGUUGUACAGCCCCUCCCUCCCCCCCAUCAUUUUAAAUGGUCAUUUAGAAACGUGUAGUCCUGUUUUUCUGUCCCUUUGUUUUCUAGUUUUUUUUUAAUUUGUUUUUAUGAAUUAUACACUGGAACGUCUGAUUUACCGUCUCACCAUUCAUGAAGACCGACCCCCCCCCCCCAACGGGGUCAAUGGGGCUGGGGGCCUACAAAACCAUGUGACUGUCGGGGGCCAAUCAGGGUCCCAGAAAAUGAGCCGGGACACGCCCUGUUGGACGGACCACGUCGUGACCUGGGUCCCAGAGUCGGUCCUGGACGAUGAGUUCCGUGACAGUUGGGGCACUUGCCGAAAAAGGAUCCGUAUCAGCGGGACACUUAACCGACGCUUAAUGCUUACUUAGUAGGAGUUAAAAAUAAAUAAAGUGUUUCUCAAUCUACGGAUCAAAACUAUGAAUUGCCUUAAAACGAAGAUACAGAAAAAAAUAUCCAACGGGUCGCCUUUGCAGAGGUGACGUCACGCAUUCAUGUCCCGUCGCUGUUUAGUCCUAUUAGCCUCAUCUGCCAUUGUGUAAAUUAACAAAAAUGUAAAAAAAUUAUAAUAAUGACAACAAUUUUAUUAGGAAUAAUAAUGCUCAUUGAAAAAAAAUGUCUCUUCUGGUUUGUUACAAAAAAAAGAAAAUCGCUCUAUUAUUACUGUUGUUGGACCCGAUUUUUUCCGUUGACUUUAUUUAAGUGGUCAUGUGGAGUUCCCCCAUUCUCCCCACGUCUGACCUAUAAACCCACCGUGCGUCGGGAGAGGCGUCCAGCAGGGGGCGCUGCGCCCCCGUGUGAGUGGCAUGACCCCGCUCCCUACAUUACUAACUUUACCAACUCUUUGUCUUGUGUUCCUACCUACCACCAUGAAAUAAAAAGUGUCAGACCAAAUGGAAACACGCUCUGGUGCGCAGUGUGGUGAUUUGCUGUCUAUCGUGUCCAAUCGAUUGAAAGUCUUGAGCCGCUUUAAGCUCAAGCUCCUCCCACUACGGGGACCGUGGGACAACCGCUCAGGUGGUUGACUGCUGAACCACUGGAUGAGCACAGCCUGUCCGUUAUAACGUCCAAACCGUGACAUGGCCACU